GAUCGAAUGAUCCGCUGUUUCGAUCGUGAUUUGUAACUUGAAGCUUUGCUCCAGCGUGUUUAUAGAUACUUAUAAAUUAUUCCACUCCUACUUAUGCAUAUAAACAAUAAUUAUAUAAAUAUUGCAGUACAGAGUUGAUAGUGACAUAUAGUAAAUAUAAACAUUGUAAGACUAUUUUAAUACCGACGCGUAAACUGACGAUCAUACACAUGUUAUGCGACAUAACGAGGAAACGUAACGAUAGAAAGUGCAAGCAAAAUUGUAAAACGGAUAACAGUUAAUUGUCAACAUGGCGGAUAGUGAUUUUCUCAUUACAAUUUCAGGUCCCGCUCUAUCAUUAUUGUUUUAUGAAAAUGUUCGUAGCAGUGGGACCCAGAUGGGCUUUUUGCUAGGAGAAACACUUGAAUUUGUUAGGAAAACGGACACAGAUUUAUACAAUCAAGUAGAAACAGUGAAAAUAUACAGUAAUAUUGAGGCUGUUGUAACUUGUCCAUUACCAGAUUCCUUACACAACUCUAUUGGCAAAAUUAAUAAGGAAAAGUUAAGGGACUUUUUACGUGAUAAGAGUAAACAAGUGAUAGGUUGGUUCCACUUCAGAAGAGAUAUAGCAUUGAUACCUACAUUUAGGGACAAAUUAUUGCAUAAAGAAUUCUCGUCAUAUUUUUCCAAUGAAAAUGGUUGCAAAGAAGAAUUUUUUGUUACAUGUUUAUUAAGUUCCUCAACGAGUAGUGAAAAGGGAACAUACAAAUUUAAACAUGUCUUUUUAAGACAAAAAAAAUGGACAUUUGAACCAGUUCCUUUACGAAUAAGUAACUUAGGAAGUAAUUCAUUUGCACAUGAAGGUUCAGAUUAUAAACCUACUCCUACCAAAAAAUCAUCUGAUAUGCCAGAUGUAUUUACUAAGUUUAUAGACUCUUUAAAUUUGGACUUAACCAAGACGUCUGCUGUUGAAUCUGCUAUUACUAUACAAAAAGCAGCUGAAGAGCAUUUGAGUCAAUUAAUACCAGACUUAUGUAAGUCUGAUCUUGAAGUAGCAGAGCUUGAAAGGCAAGUUAAGGAAUUCAUGCUUAUCAAAAAGACAAAAGUUAAUGGUAAUUCAAAUAAUGUAACUGAUUCCUAUGAGUCUGAAAAAGAUGAAUUUACGGACGCAAGACAGAAAUCAGGGAAAACAUCUCCAUCCAGAAUUGAACCUUUAGAUGAUACUUGUCAAGAAUCUCGUACAAUAAAGGACCAUUCUACUGCACCUACUAAAAUAAUGACUGCUCAUAAACCGAAGAAUUCAGCAACAUGUACUGAACAAAAUGUUGAUCAAGAUAAAUCGAAGAGGUCGACCACAAGUAUAAUGAACAGUCCGAGUCAAGACCCACCGCCUAUAAAUUCCGUUUCAGAAAUAAAAGUUAAUGUCACAGAAAAUGUAUCAAGUAAGAACAGGCGUUUUUCUAAUGUAGAAUCAGAAAUCGUGAAAGAAUCGAUCUGUAGAGGUGAAACGAACGUAAGUGGUUUUGGAAGGGGCAGAGGUAAAUUGCUACAAGACUACAUAGGACUGAAAAAAGCUAGAAGGACUUCAGGCCCAGAAUCAUCUGAGGCAAACAGUGUGCAAAAUACUUCCCUUCAAAUGUCUUACAAUCAGAUUACGAAGAAAAAAGUAGACAGUGUACGUAAAUCGGAUACAACUAAUAAUCAUUAAAUAAAAAUCGUUUCCUUAUUUUUAAUUCA